AGUCAACAUCACCUCCACUUUCAUAUGUGGAACGUGCAUUGACUCGGAGAGACUGACAGGCAAGAUGUAUGCACUGAAGCCGAUCACUCGAGAGCUCGCUAGCUCUGCUGUCCGACAAUCUCCGGCGAUAACUGUUGCCGGAAGAAGUAGAAGUCUUUGGCGUAGCCAGGUGCCUGGUUCGAGAUCACGAGUCAACUCGGGCUGCUCAGUCCGGGCUGUGAUCAGCCGUGAAGACAAAGUUGUGGACUCAGCAAAGUCCGUGGAGACCGAGAACCAUAAUGGUCCGUUGCUAUCUUCUUCUUCUUCGAAAGGGGCGGGGAUUGAUGUGAGAGCAGUAAUCACUAUAAAGAAGAAGAUGAAGGAGAAGAUCACUGAGAAGAUCGAGGAUCAGUGGGAGUUCUUCAUCAAUGGUAUUGGUCAAGGGAUCUUGAUGCAGCUCAUCAGUGAAGAGAUUGACCCUGUUACCAAUUCAGGCAAGAGUGUAGAGUCUUGUGUGAGGGGAUGGCUGCCUAGGCAUCCAAAGCAGUCCCAUAUUGUUGAAUAUGCAGCUGAUUUCACUGUCCCCCACGACUUUGGUACUCCGGGAGCCAUUCUCAUUACCAAUCUUCAUGGGAAGGAGUUCCAUUUGUUGGAGAUAGUCGUUCAUGGUUUCAAUGCAGGCCCAAUUUUCUUUCCAGCAGAUACAUGGAUCCAUUCACGGAAUGAUAAUCCCGAAAGUAGGAUUAUCUUUACAAACAAAGUAUACCUACCAUCACAAACACCGACAGGCAUCAAAGAUCUUAGACGCGAAGACUUGUUGAGCGUGCGUGGUAAUGGGAAAGGCGAGAGAAAGCCUCAUGAAAGAAUUUAUGACUAUGCUCCUUAUAAUGAUCUUGGUAAGCCUGAUAAGGACAAAGAGCUUGCCCGACCAGUUUUGACUGGUGCGGAAUGGCCUUAUCCUAGGCGAUGUAGAACUGGCCGCCCACCAACCAACAAUGACCCUCGUUCCGAAAGUAGAAUUGAGAAGCCACAUCCAGUGUAUGUACCUCGGGAUGAAACAUUUGAGGAGAUUAAGCAGAACACUUUCUCUGCAGGCAGAUUGAAAGCUUUGCUUCACAAUCUUGUACCAUCUAUUAUUGCAACACUGUCAAGUUCAGACGUACCCUUCACAUGCUUCUCAGAUAUUGACAAACUAUAUAAAGUCGGCGUUCUCUUGAAAGAUGAAGAACAACAUGGAAUGUUUAGUAAUCCACUUUUCGGUGAUGUCUUGAAACAAGUCCUGAGUGUCGGUGAAAAAUUGUUAAAAUAUGAAAUUCCGGCUGUUAUAAAAAGAGAUAGAUUUGCAUGGUUGCGUGAUAAUGAAUUUGCACGUCAGACAUUUUCUGGAGUCAAUCCAGUGAACAUUGAGCUCCUAAGGGGCUUUCCAAUCCUCAGCAGUCUAGACCCUGCCAUUUAUGGUUCACCCGAGUCAGCAAUUACAAAGGAGCUGAUAGGGCAAGAAAUCCAUGGAAUGAGUGUAGAAAAGGCUAUUGAGGAAAAGAGAUUGUUUAUACUCGAUUACCAUGAUACGCUUCUGCCAUUUAUGGAGAGAAUGAACUCCCUGCCAGGAAGAAAAGCGUAUGCCUCUAGGACAGUUUUCUUCUAUACACAAAAAGGUUUUCUAAGGCCAAUAGCCAUUGAGCUUUCGCUUCCUCCUACAUUUUCUUCACUUCGGAACAAAAGUGUUUUUACACACGGGCAUGAUCCUACGGAGCAUUGGAUUUGGAAGCUAGCCAAAGCUCAUGUUUGCUCAAAUGAUGCUGGAAUACAUCAACUUGUAAAUCAUUGGUUGAGGACUCAUGCCUGCAUGGAGCCGUACAUAAUUGCAACUCAUAGACAGCUUAGCUCAAUGCAUCCUAUCUUCAAGUUGCUUCAUCCUCAUAUGCGCUACACACUAGAGAUUAAUGCACUUGCACGGCAAAGUUUAAUUAAUGGUGGGGGAAUUAUUGAGGCUUGUUUCAGCCCAGGAAAGUACGGCAUGGAGGUAAGCUCUGCAGCCUACAAGAAUAUGUGGCGGUUUGACAUGGAGGCACUGCCUUCAGAUCUUAUCCGGAGGGGCAUGGCAGUGGAGGAUCCAUCAAUGCCGUGUGGUGUGAAACUAGUAAUCGAAGACUACCCCUACGCUGCAGAUGGCCUUCUGAUAUGGUCCGCCAUAAAAGAAUGGGUAGAAUCUUAUGUCGAACACUUCUACUCUGAGCCUAAUUCUGUUACUUCUGACGUUGAGCUCCAAGCUUGGUGGAAUGAAAUCAAGAACAAAGGUCAUUAUGACAAGCGGAAUGAACCCUGGUGGCCCAAACUCAAUACCAAGGAAGACUUAUGUGACAUUCUCACCAUCAUUAUUUGGACUGCAUCAGGUCAGCAUGCUGCAAUAAACUUUGGUCAGUACCCUUUUGGAGGAUACGUGCCUAACCGUCCUACUCUUAUGAGGAAACUCAUCCCUAAAGAAGGCGAGGCAGAUUAUGAUAAGUUCAUCCUGAAUCCUCAGCUAACUUUCUUGUCUUCUUUGCCAACGCAACUUCAAGCAACUAAAGUGAUGGCUGUUCAAGACACCCUUUCGACUCACUCAGCAGACGAAGAAUAUUUAGGUGAAAUGAACCAGCUACAUAAUCACUGGAUCAAUGAUCAAGAAGUCCUGGAAUUAUUCAAUAAAUUUUCGUCUAAGUUAAAAGGGAUCGAGGAUAUAAUAAACAGAAGAAACAAGGAUACUCGUCUGAAAAACAGAACCGGUGCAGGUAUUCCCCCAUACGAGCUUUUGCUUCCCUCCUCAGGUCCUGGCGUAACUGGUCGCGGAAUCCCAAAUAGCAUUUCUAUCUGAGCUUUUACUGGUUUGAAGCCUUUGAAGGUUCUUUCUUUCCCUUCUACUUAACACACUGGUUGUAGCACAUUGUUUUCUUUUUGAAGAAGCUUGUAUGAGUAGAUGUAAUCAUCAAAUGUUGGGUGGAUCAAUGCUUAUUACUUAUUAGUUUUGCUGUUGGUGAGUACUUAAAGGCUUAAAGCAUUGUAAAGUAGCGUAUAAGAAGAUGCUUGUACUCAAAGUAAGAUGGUAUUGAUUGAAUAAGAAGUUGAAGGUCUUCAGCAGAAACAC